AUGGCUAAGAGGAAAGCAGCCGACGAGCGGCUUCGGUCACUGAAAAGGCGCAACUGCAUUCCAUUGGAACGCUACAGCGAGAUAUUUAACCAGGAAGUACAACGUGUGUUCGAUCCACACUGGCACAAGAACGAGUUCCGCGACUCGGUGGUCCACCUCAGCAGCAAGGUCCGGUAUCUACAGGACACAGAUGAAGAGCACGACAGCGAUGCGAGGAGCGACAGCGGCGCAGAGAGCGACAGCGGCGACGAUAGCGGCGACGUGCGCGGGCAGCUGCUCAGCAGCGGCGAGCUGGGGACCUUCUGGUCUGCGAGGGAGAAGCAGGUGUUUUUCCACUGGCUGGCGCGGUGCAGCAUCCACAGACUGGACGAAUGGGCACCGCGGCUGCCCGACAAGAGCAAGUACGAGAUACUCGCGUACUAUCACGUCCUGAAGUCCAAUCUACAGGAUCUCAAGCGCAUGAACACCAAGAAGCGCGGCGGCAUCUUGACCAAGAGGGCGCUCCCCAUCGCGUACGAGAUGGACCCCUUUUUCGUCCAGUUAGAAGAGGAGUACAGCCUGCUGAUCCACAGCGAGACCGAGAACGUGGUCAAACUGGAGGACGAGGCAGACCUUGAGGACGGCGUAGUAAACUGGGAGAACUGGUACAAGCGAUGGGACCCCCUCUACUCCCACCAUCGUCUCGGCGAGUACCAGCCCGCGGCCCGCCAGCCACUGCCCUUCUCCCGCCAGAGCGAGCUGCUCGUCGAGCGCCUUGUGCGCGCCUACACGCGCCGCCUGCUCUUCCACACCGUAGUGCCGCUGCUGGAGCUCAAGCACGUCCCGCGCGCGUCGCUGCUACACGAAGACCUCCGCACAGAAAUCGCGCAGCGCGCCGCCGCACCCCGCUCGCGCACCCCGCUCGUCGAGGCCCACGUCUGGGACUCCGGCGACAUCGAGAUCCGCACCGGCAACCUCGAGUUCCCCCACCUCGUCGCCCCCGCCGACGUCUGGCGCGCGCUCCUCGCCCUCCGCGCCGCCGGCCAUCUCGCCCCCACCCUCCCGGAGACCGUCGUCUCCACUGUCACCAAGUUCGACCUCCACCACCCUGCCGGCAAGCUCUUCAAAAACCGCGCCGUCCCAGCCGCCCUUGUUGUCCCCAUGCUGCUGCACAAGUCGGCGCCCUACGCCCUCGUCCCCGCUAUCCCUCCGCCCUGCCCGCCGCUCGCCCACAGCCUCGAAAAAAAGCUCCACCUACUGCUCGGCAAAAGGGCUCUUCCUCCGCACGGCUUCAUCGACGACGACCCCUACGACUCCAUCGAUAACCCUAUCUACGCUCAGCUGUUCAGCCACGACACCGCUGCCACCGACGCCGUGGACAUUCAACGGUCCCGAUUAUAUCAGCAUGCUGUAAUCACACACAUGCACGGCGCUGAUAACGAUUCUCCGUUUUUCCGAUUUCUUCCGUCGCCGGUGCUCGCGGUCCCGCCGCCCACACACCCUGUUCCAUCCGCAGUCGUUGACCUGUACCAAUAUUGUGACUAG